CAGAGAAUCACAGGCAUGCAGACGCUCCAAUUAGAGCUCCUCGGGCUUUCUCGCAUCGACGCAGAGUGAUUCUGGGCCAGGAGCGGUCCCACGGAGAGCCACCUUGCCAAGAGAGGAGGGGGAGGAAGAAAAGACACAUGGGUGUAUUUAUAGAAAAAUGAGGCCUUACAAUACCCUUUUUGGAGAGAGAAUUAUUAAGGAACCGAGGUGCGCGGGUGCACGCGUCCCAGUUUUCUGAUUAACACUGUGCAAGCAGGCUGGCCCUAGGAUGAAUCAGGGAUGAGAUGCAGGACUAACUCCUUGACAUACUCACAGGAAGAGACUGCACUUGCUUUUCAUGCACACUCACCCUUUGCUCAUGAGGAGACUGCUGUGGUUUCAGGGAGGAGGAAUGGGGCAGUAUUUUGAGUUUGUCACCUUUUCUCUUUGACUUUGGGUUGUGGGUGGUGGGGAUAUUAUUUUUUUAAAAACACUACACUUGAGAAGACUGGAUAACAGCCUCCUAGCAGGCCACCGGGUAUCUGACAUUCAAGAUGAAGAAAUUUUUGCAAAACAAAAAGGGCAGAUACUCUUUCCGCCAGAGCAAACGGGGCUCUCGGUAUCCAGCCAAAGAUUUCUUCCUCAGCAUGCCGACAUCCAACCAGGGCUGGCCUGAGGAUUUUGGCUUCCACCUUGGUGGGGCUGGACCUAGCUACAUCUUGUCAGUGGAGGAAGGCAGCAGUGCCCACCUGGCAGGGUUGCAGGCAGGGGACCAGGUCCUGGAGAUCGAAGGCCACAAUGUGUCGACGCUAGGUCCUCAAGCUGUCAUCGCCAUCGCCCAGACUCAGAAGAACAUCCCUCCCAGCAUUGGAGUGGUGUCCCGCAUACAGCAGAUGGACAUCACGCCAGGUCCAGAUGGUCGUUUUGGGUUUACCAUUGUGGGAGACUGCCCCCUACUGGUGGAGGACUGCUCUCCUUGUUCUCCAGCUGGCCGUGCAGGCCUGAGGGCUGGGGAUUAUGUCAUGGAAGUGAACGGUAUCCCAGUCAGGCAGCACGAGAUGGCUGCGGCACUAAUCAAGGCAUCCCAGGGGAGGACACUCCGCCUGGGAGUGCUGUGCCUUGGGCCAAGGCACAAAUGGAGCAUCAGCAUAGAGGACAGUCAGAUGGGUGGAGAGGGGGCGAGACUGGACCGCAAACACAAGGCUCUGGAGUUCAACAGGAAGGUCGACCAGAUUUUAGGUGACGAUCCCGAAGUGAAAGAGAGACUCUUUGCUGUGCUGAAGCAGUACGCCGCAGAGAAGAAAGUUGAGUGGUUAGCUUCUGUCCUGCCGGACAUACUCACCACUGACGAACAUCGACAGCUCAUCUCCAGCAUCAGAAUCUUCAUUCCCAAGAAGCACCGGCAGCGCUUCGACGACACCGUCUCCCAGAACGUAAUCAACCGACUCUGCCGCAGCAAGAGCAUCAGCGAGCCGCAUGGCAGAAUCCGUCGCAGUCGGAGCGAGGAUCACUCCGACCGCCACCGCGGGUCCAAACGGGCCAGCUCAGUGCCAAGGGAUGGAGGAGAACCCGGAGGGAGGGGAGAAGCGGAGAGAGACAGGGGCUUAAGGAAGUCCGUCUCAGGGAUACCCGUGCAUCCCCCCAUUGGACCCAAUCAGAGGAUCGUCCGUGUCUACAGGGGGAAGAAGAACUUUGGCUUCACGCUGCGGGGUCACGCUCCCGUCUGCAUCGACUCCGUCAUCCCAGAUAGUCCCGCCGAGGAAUGUGGACUGAAAACAGGCGACCGUAUCCUCUUUCUCAACGGACUGGACAUGAGGAACUGCUCCCAUGAGAAGGUGGUGUCUAUGCUGCAGGGCAGCGGGGCAGUGCCCACUCUCGUGGUGGAGGAGGGUCCAUCUGACUUUUCUUCAGACCAAACAGAUGCAGAUGAAUCCUCUAGUCUGGCCCCCACCACAUUGCCACGCUCUAGGUCUCCUGGUCUCAGUUCUCUGCAGUGGGUUGCAGAGAUUCUUCCACCGAGCAUCAAAGUCCACGGGCGGACUUUCAGCCAGCAGCUGGAGCACCUGCUGACCAUCCAGGAGAGAUACAGUGUCUGCAAAGCUUUAGAGACAUUCUUCCAGCACAGGAACGUGGACACCCUGAUCGUGGACGUGUUUCCAGUGUUGGACACUCCAGCCAAGCAGCUGAUCUGGAAGUUCAUCUACCAGCUGCUGACCUACGAUGAACAGGAGCGCUGCCAGGGCAAGCUGUCUCGUUUCCUUGGCUACAAGAGCAACGCAUUAUUAGAGCCUGACAACGGUCCAGAGCACCACCGGCGCAGCAGCUCCAUGCGGGUGACGGGGUCGUCGUACCGCAACAACGUCCGAGAGAGGAGCUCCGAUGACUGCAUCAUUGGGACUCACCUAGGAAUGGGAAUUCAUAUCGAUGAAUCCGGGAGCCCGGAGGAGAGGCAGUCAGGAGAUGGAACCUCCUUCCCCGAGUCCCCUGACCUCAAUCAUAUGACAGGUGUGUAUACGGAGCUGGAGAACGUGUACGCAGGAAAGAGUGUGCCUCCACUGCAGUGCGGCUCCUCACCAGAGCCCGAGAGCCCUCUCUCUCCCCUCACACUCCCCACCCUCACAGGUAAUCGUAAAUCUGGCCUGUCCCUGUCUUGGAAGGAGCCUCUUCCCACUCCCGUGUAUGAAAUCCACCAUCAAAGCAGCAUAGACUCCAACCCUUAUGUCAGUCUGGAGAGCCCCCCGGCCUCCCCUCAUCACUCAGACAGCGGCCACAACGUGCUGACCCACCGCAAAAAACUGUUCACCUUCUCCCGGCCGCCACGCAGCCGAGACACAGACAAGUUCCUGGACUCCCUGAGCGAGCAGCUGGGCCACCGGGUCACUCUGGUGGAUGACUUCGUGCCCGGGGAGAACGACUACGAGGAGAUAUAUCAAGGUGGUUGUCAUGGUUUCAGAAGAAGAGUUGUGCCUAUGAGCUUCCAGGAGGACCAGGAAAUCGGCUUCAUGCCCCGGCAGCUCAGCAGCGGCAGUGAGGAUCACAGCAGCAGCGACGAGGCCUCCUCUCCCUGCUACUCCUCUGGAUCCGAACCGAUCCCACCACCUCCCACCCAAAGCCCCCCGCCUCCUCCGCCCUUGCAGGCUCUCAUACCCCCUCCCAUUCCGUUUACCGACCCUCUCCCACCAGUGCGCUUCUCACCCGAGCACGUGCCCCGCAGCCGGAUGCCCUUCCAACCGCACCACCCCAUCAUCCCUCCUCCUCCACCCCCCCCGAGGACCAUCCUGUCCAGCCGCUCUCCCCUACACAAAAAGCACCCGAGCAGAGACGAAAAUGAGAAGACUCUCCAGCGCUUCCAACCCACCACCCGCCUCGGCCACACAACCCUGACCUCCACCAAAACCUUGCGCUCCCGCCCCACCUACCUCCCACGACAGUUCAGCCAGCCUCAGCCUAUCCGCCAGCCCUCCCCGCAGCCCUCCCCGCAGCUGCUGAGGCCGAGCCAGCUCGUCCUGCAGAGGCACCACCAGCUCCACCACCAACACAGCUACCAGGGCCCACUGCCGCCGUCCCUCCAGGAGCACAGCCCAUCCCAAUGUCAGAGCCAGGGCCACGCGGGCUCCUCGCUGCUCUCGCAGCCUCCAACCUCUCACUCCACCCUCCCCAGUCACAUGAAGACCUUGGAAACCACAAGGCAGGAACACCACACCUCCAAACAGGCUCCACCACCACCUCCUCCACCAUUACCUCCUCCUUGUGACCCACCUCCGCUGCCCAAGCCGGGCCAGCAAGCCUCAGACGUUAACCACAUGAGUGUAAAGAGGCUCCGCUGGGAGCAGGUGGAGAACUCUGAGGGAACAAUAUGGGGUCAGCUCGGGGAGGAUUCAGAGUAUGACAAGCUCACCGACAUGGUGAAGCACUUAGACCUGGACCUGCACUUUGGGACUCAACGCAGAUCCAUCUCUCCUCCAGAGCCAGCCUUCCAGCCAGAGAACUUAAAAAAGAAAGACGUGGUGGAGAUUCUGUCUCAUAAGAAAGCCUACAAUGCCUCCAUCCUCAUCGCCCAUCUGAAAAUCUCCCCCGAAGAGCUGCGUCAGGUGUUGAUGAACAUGACCACCGACAGGCUGGAGCCGGCCCACAUCAAGCAGCUGCUGCUGUAUGCCCCAGACGAAGAAGAGGUGAAACAGUACGAACAGUUUGAUCAGGACCCGGGCAAGCUGAGCGAGCCGGACCAGUUCAUUUUCCAGAUGCUAAUGGUGCCUGAUUAUAAGACUCGCCUGCGGAGCCUCUACUUUAAAACGACCCUACAGGAGAGGACGGAGGAGAUGAAGAUCGCGUACGAUUACAUCUACAAGGCUUCAGUGGAGCUCAGGAGCAGCAAGAAAUUAGCCAAGAUCCUGGAGUUUGUUCUUGCAAUGGGAAAUUACCUGAACAACGGGCAGCCGAAGAGCAACAGGACGACCAGUUUUAAGAUCAACUUCCUAACUGAGCUAAGCACAACCAAAACAGUAGACGGGAAAUCCACCUUUCUCCACAUUUUGGCCAAGUCUUUGUGCCAACACUUCCCAGAGCUGCUCAGCUUUCCCAGAGACCUCACAACAGUGCCUCUGGCAGCUAAAGUGAACCAGAGGGCCAUUACAACAGAGCUGAGUGACCUUCACUCCACCGUGCAGGACAUCAGGGCGGCCUGUCAGAAGAUCCAGUCUACCCCUGACGAUCACUUCACUUCAGUCAUGAGUACUUUCCUGGAGAACAGCCACCCUGCGAUCCAGUCUCUUGAAUCUUUGCAGACCAGAGCCAUGGAGGAGUUCUCCAAGGUGGCCUCCUACUUUGGAGAGGACAGCAAGUCCUCCAGCACAGAGACCUUCUUUGGCAUUUUUUCAGAGUUCGUAUCCAAGUUUGAGAGAGCUCUCAGUGAGAUCCAGACUCCAGAAAACCCCAGAAGCCCCAGACUGUCUUCCCCUUUGGCCUGGUAGAAGCAAGAAAUGCGGGCAGAUGUCGGGCCAAACCGAAAAGGCCGGCCGGCUCUCAGUUUUCACUCUGCUCUCCAUAACCAAAGUGCCAAGAUCACACACAGACACUCAAACCAACGGGAACAGAGACCACGUCAUCUAUAGCAAACACAAUGGAAAUGCGCUGUAUCUGUAUGUAGAUAAACCACAAGUUAACGAGUGCCCCGUGUGCAGCAGUGCUAUUACUUCAGGUGCUGGUAGAGCAGGACGAUUCAGGUGUCCACAGAUCAAUAGGAACUCCACAGCACACACGCAAUACUCCCGCCACUUAUCAACGUUAUUUACAUCUCUUUUUAAUGCGCAUUAAUUGGUAAAUUUGUAAAGAUUGUUAGAAGGAAGCCUUUCAAGGCCCUUGAUUGUGAUGCUGCAUUAAAGCGAGGUUUAAGCAACGACAACAACUGGUAUGACUAUUUACAUGUUUAUUAUACGACUAUAUAAAGUUUAUAUUUUCUAUCAGAUCAUAUUUGAAAAUUGUAAAGACGAAGCAUAAAUGUAGGCUGAUGACAGUUAUCUGGACUCAAGAUGACUGACAGGUGUAGUUCAGUGUUAGUGUUUGAUGGUGCGCUCACUGCCUCCCAUACUGCAGGAUAUAUUUUAAACAUUCAGAAAUAGUAGACGGUAGGAGUUUUUAAACAAUUUAUGUCCAAAUUGUGAAUCUAGAACAUGAAUUGUAUGACUUGUAGUCAUAUUUAUUUCCUUUACUGUGACAUCUAUGAUGAAAAUCCUUUUUCUUUUCUCUUCUGAUAGAGGCGAGUUAAAGUCACACACACCCAGCUCUGGUCCUAAAGUGUUGAGGAUCUGAUGUCUAUGGAAGCAAAGCAAGGCCGUAAAGAUUGUAGAAAUUUACAAAUUUAAGUUUUAUUAAUAUUUUAAUUUUUCUUCUUCUUGUUAU